UUUCUCCCUUCAAUUUUUAUUCUUCUUCAAUAACAGUAGUCAUCGUUGAUUACCUAUCUUAACAAAAGCUUGAAUUCCGAAGAACAUUUGGAAAAAUGAAGAAAUCGCCGUUGCCGGUGCAAAACCUUACCUGCAGAGAGAAGCAACGUAACUGUGGAAAAGAAGCUCUGGUAAAGCUCUUGAGAUGGAAUUUCGGUCAUCCUGACUUCAGAGGGAACCAGUUGGAAGCCAUUGAAACCGUUUUAUUAGGAAGAGAUUGUUUCUGCCUAAUGCCGACCGGGGGAGGAAAAUCAAUGUGUUAUCAAAUCCCUGCUUUGGCUAAAAAGGGAAUUGUGCUCGUCAUUUCUCCAUUAAUAGCCUUGAUGGAAAACCAAGUAACGGCAUUGAAGGAGAAAGGAAUUGCUGCUGAGUUUCUCUCUUCAACUCAAACGUCUCAGCUGAAGAAUAAGAUUCAUGAAGAUCUUGAUAGUGGACAACCUUCCAUACGCUUGCUUUAUGUGACACCAGAGCUUAUUGCCACUUCAGGGUUUAUGUCAAAGCUUAAAAGGAUUCAUGGUAGAGGAUUGUUGAAUCUCAUUGCUGUGGAUGAGGCACAUUGCAUCUCUUCAUGGGGUCAUGAUUUCAGGCCUAGCUAUCGUAAGCUUUCAUCUUUGAGGAACCAAAUACAAGAUGUACCUAUAUUGGCUUUGACUGCCACUGCUGUUCCUAAAGUACAGAAGGAUGUCAUAGAUUCCUUAAAUUUGCAGAAUCCUUUAGUCCUUAGAUCAUCUUUCAACCGUCCAAAUAUAUACUAUGAAGUUAGAUAUAAAGAUCUUUUGGAUGAUACUUAUGCUGACUUGUGUGAUGUUCUCAAAUCCGCUGGAGAUGCUUGUGCAAUUGUUUACUGCCUUGAACGGACAACUUGUGAUGACUUGUCCACUCAUCUUUACAAAAAUGGAAUUUCCUGCGCCGCCUAUCAUGCAGGGUUAAAUAAUAAAUUGCGGAGCUCUGUCUUAGAUGAUUGGAUUUGUUCCAAGAUACAAGUUGUUGUGGCCACAGUAGCUUUUGGAAUGGGCAUAGACAGAAAGGAUGUUAGAAUAGUUUGCCACUUCAAUAUCCCAAAAUCAAUGGAAGCUUUAUAUCAAGAGUCGGGUAGAGCUGGUCGUGACCAGUUGCCUUCUAGAAGCUUGUUGUACUAUGGAGUGGAUGAUCGAAAAAGGAUGGAAUUUAUUCUUAGCAUUGCAGAGAGCAAGAAAUUGCAAUCAUCAAAUUCACAACAGGGACCAUCAAAGAAGUCAAUGUCUGAUUUUAAUCUGAUGGUUGAAUAUUGUGAGGGUUCUGGAUGCCGUAGGAAAAAGAUUCUUGAGAGCUUUGGAGAACAGGUAUCUGCAUCACUCUGUAAAAAAUCAUGUGAUGCCUGCAAAAAUCCACACCUCGUCACCAAGUAUCUGGAAGAGCUAACAACUGCUAUCUCUGUUCACCAGAGAAAUGGCUUCUCAAAAGUCUUGAUGAGCAGCUCCGCAGAUGCCAUUGAAAAUGAACAGUUCUCGGAAUUCUGGAAUCAUGAUGAUGAGGCCAGUGGCUCCGAGGAAGAUAUAUCUGAUUCCGAUGAUGGAUUUGAGGUUGCGAAAAGCAUAUCCAUAUCCAAAUUUUCAAAAAAAUCAGAGAUAAACGAGAAGAUCGAAUUGUUGCAGCGUGCAGAAGAAAACUAUUAUCAGAACAAAUCUCGUGAUAAACAGGUUAACAAACCUGACAAUGCCAUAUCCGCAAUGCUGAGAGAAUCAAGCAAGCAAAGAUUAUUAGAUGCCCUGAAGCAGGCUCAUCAGCGGCUUGGCGACUUGAAGGUUGAUUUUGAAGCGUCAUCUACCAUCCUUGAAAAUGAGUGCUUUAAGAAAUACGGGAAGAGCGGGAAAUCGUUUUAUUAUUCGCAAGUAGCUAGUAAGAUAAGGUGGCUAUCUACAACAAGCUCUGCUGCAGAUAUAGCAAAUCAAAUCGGUACCAGCAUCACAUCUCCUUCGGUGAUCAUUACUCACAAGGAAGAACCUUCUCCUAUAACGGUGUCAACUCCGCUACAUGAUAAGAGAAGACAAGAAGAAAAAGAAGUUACUGGGGAACAAUGUCGUGGGAACAUCGAGUCAGAGGCUUCAAUUGAGCCUUUGCCCCUGCAAAUGCAUACAAAGCGGCCCCCUAUUCCGUCUUUCUCACAGUUUGUGAACAGCAGAAAGUCGAAAGAGACACAACCAUCAAAUGCAUUAGAGGAAAAGAAGAGAAUGAGGUUGCAGUAGGUUUGUACCAAGACUUCUGUUAUUUUCAUUUCAUUUUGUUCACUGUAUAUAUUUCUUUUGCAACUCUGAUAGUUUCAGUUUGCUUAUGACGUGCUUUUGCCAACUUUCUCCAUUCGUGUGGUGUCUCCGAAUGUAUCUUUUGUUUUGGGGUAAACUACACAUUUAGUAUAUAAACUAUUACUUUUGUUUCA